AUGCCUAUUGGAAAUAAGAGAACACUGGAUGAAGCUUCUAGCAAUUAUGCUGAAGAACUAAGGGAUUCUGACGACGACGUUAUUGGAGAAGACACCCAGUCUUUUGCUGAAGCAUCAGAAGUGUUUAAGGUGAAUAACCAAAAUGGCUCGGGUUUUGAGAAUACCCCAGGUCCUUCUCAUGCUGAACCCGAAUUUGAUGAAAGAGAAAUAGAUGACGCUCAAGAUAUGGAAGCUGCAUUGCAAAUGGAAUUGAUUCAAGGGCGUUGGAUCGAAAAAUAUAAGGCGAGUCAGAAAACUUUCAGAGCUAAGGUAGAUCUGGAGAAGUUGCCCGAGGAACUUCGCGGUAAGCCGUUGGUCGCAGCAAUUAGUUCCGUUCGAGAACUAUUCAGAAUGAUAAUUCGUCGUGCUAGUGAAGAUUUGAGGCCGACGGAUCUGAUUCGUAUUUAUAUUCAAGCUGACGGUUUAGACAAGCCCAUUUCAACACGACUGAUGCCUGUAUCAGAUCUCACAUUGGAAACAGUCAUGGCUGCAAUUCUCAAAGUGUUGCAAUCGAAGGACGAGAUUGCUUUGGAUUCCGGUUUUUCAGCUGACGUGGUCACUAUUCGUCGAGACGUGGGAGCAGGUCGACGGAGAAUGUUAAACCCGGACGUGGAUUGUCUUAAUAAAAGGUCCGUCAUUACAAUCCCGACUGACAGUGAAGGACUCUGUUGUGCAAUGGCCAUUGUCUGUGCAUUAGCUCACCUGGACAAUGACCGCACGGCUAUCGAAUCGUUUAAAAAACGAAAUCGCCUGACUCUGUUGAACCGGGCUAAGGAGUUACAUGCUGCAUCCGGUGUACCUUUAGGUCCCUGUACGUACGCGGAAAUAGCAGAGUUUGAGAAACAUUUAGGGGUACAAAUUGCAGUGAUAUCAACAGAAGAAAUGAACAAGGUAUAUUUUUAUUCAUUCAUGCUGACAUUUCCGUAUUGA